CACACAGGAGCAGCCCCCUAUCCUUAGCGGUCCUGCCCUUCCCUGUAUCAGCCCCGCCGUGCAUACAGGCACAGUAGCAUAAAUAGGGGGGGCAUUUUUUCCCAUGGCGUUGUUCUUCUCCUUCGCUAGACCACACUUCUUAUAGCAUAUAUACGACCGAUACUUUUACACUUCAACCAAAAAAUGGCACUCUCCCGCACCCUGCUGCAGCGCGUGGCCGCAUCGCCGCUGCGUCUGCCGAUGCAGACCCGCAUGUACGCAAGCAAGUUUGCAAAGUACAACUGGGAAGACCCGCUGCUGCUUGACUCGCAGCUGACGGAGGACGAGAAGCUGGUGCGCGACUCGGCACACAGCUACGCGCAGGAGCGGCUUCUGCCGCGGAUGGGCGAGAUGGGGUUCCUUGGCUCGACCAUCGACGGAUACGGGUGCGCCGGGGUAUCGCACGUAGCGUACGGUCUGACGGCGCGCGAGGUGGAGCGCGUGGACUCGGGAUACCGGUCGGCCAUGAGCGUGCAGUCGUCUCUGGUGAUGCACCCAAUCAAUGAAUUUGGGUCGGAGAUGCAGAAGGAGAAAUAUCUGCCGAAGCUGGCGUCGGGCGAGCUGAUCGGGGCGUUUGGCCUGACGGAGCCGAACCACGGCAGCGACCCGGCGGGCAUGGAGACGGUGGCGAAGCGCGACGGCUCGGUGUACCGGCUGUCGGGCAGCAAAAUGUGGAUCACCAACUCGCCAAUUCGCCGACGUAACCAGGAGGAGAACGGCAAGAUCCGCGGGUUCAUUCUCGAGCGCUCAAUGAAGGGGCUGAGCACGCCGGUGAUUGACGGCAAGAUGGCGCUGCGGGCGUCAAUUACCGGCAUGAUCCAGAUGGACGACGUCGAGGUGCCGGUGGAGAACAUGCUGCCUGAGGUUUCGGGGCUGAAGGGCCCGUUCAGCUGCCUGAACAAGGCGCGCUACGGCAUCGCGUGGGGCGUGCUGGGUGCGGCCGAGGCGUGUCUGACGGUGGCCCGCAACUACGCGCUCGACCGCAAGCAGUUUGGCGUGCCGCUGGCGCGGUUCCAGCUGGUGCAGGCGAAGCUGGCAGCAGCGCAUAGCGAGAUUGCGCUGGCGCAGCAGGCGUGCUUGCGCGACCAGCUGGCAGUCGAGAUGAUCUCGCUGAUUAAGCGCAACUCGUGCAUGCGCGAGAUCCUGGGCGGCAACGGCAUCGUCGACGAGUUCCACAUCAUCCGCCACCUCAACAACCUCGAGGUCACCAACACGUACGAGGGCACCGGCGACAUCCACCUGCUGACGCUGGGACGGGCCAUCACCGGCAUUGCGGCGUUCACUGCGAGCUGAGUAGCAGUCUUUAUUUGACAGGUAAUAGAAAAAAUUCAAGCGGUCUUGUCCUCCAGCACAGCAGCCAGCUCACGCGCAGCAUUGCGUACUGGCAGCGCCUGGUCGGCAUGGCUGACCACCAGGAUCUCGUCGCGGUAGGCGCGGGCGCGCGGCACCAGGUCCAGCGCCCGGAUGCUCAGGUGGGUUGUGAGCAGAUGCAGCACGUGCAGGAAGGUCA